CAGUGUCCGAGUCCUUCCCGGUGUAUGUGUGGUAACAACAUGUCUGUCCCCCUCCUUGCCGAUGCAGUGACCGUCUCCGGGGCAGAGCGGGAGACCGCUGCGGUCAUUUUCUUACAUGGGCUUGGAGACACGGGGCACAGCUGGGCUGACGCUCUCUCCUCCAUCCGCCUCCCCUACGUGAAGUACAUUUGCCCUCACGCGCCCCGGAUCCCUGUAACGCUCAACAUGAAGAUGGUGAUGCCCUCCUGGUUUGAUCUGAUGGGGUUGAGUCCAGACGCGCCUGAAGAUGAAGCUGGAAUCAAGAAAGCUGCAGAAAACAUUAAAGCAAUCAUCGAGCACGAGGUGAAGAACGGGAUCCCGCCCAACCGCAUCAUCCUGGGCGGCUUCUCGCAGGGAGGCGCCUUGUCGCUGUACACGGCGCUCACCUGCCAGCACCAGCUGGCCGGCAUCGUGGCACUCAGCUGCUGGCUGCCGCUGCACAAGGCCUUCCCGCAGGCGGCAAGCAACAGCAUGAACAAGGACAUCGCCAUCCUACAGUGUCAUGGGGAGAUGGACCCCAUGAUCCCCGUCCGCUUCGGGGCCCUCACUGCGGAGAAGCUGAAAUCGGUCGUCACCCCCACCAAGGUCCAGUUUAAAACCUACCCUGGAGUGAUGCACAGUUCCUGUCCUCAGGAGAUGAUGGCAGUGAAGGAGUUCAUCGAGAAGCUGCUGCCCCGGAUCUAAGCGGAGCCGAUCGGGACUGUCGCAGGGAAGGAGGCCGAGGCGGCAGCCUCUUCCCCCGUGCCCGUCGGCUGCGAACGGAAGCCACGGCACCGGCCUCACUCCUGCCCUGCCCUCGGCCGCCUCCUCUCCGCGUCUCUUCGCACCGUGUCCUCUCCGGCCAGGGGCCCCGUCUCUCCCUGCUGCUCUCGGAGCUGAGGUUGGAGCUGCCUAAGGCAAGUCUCGAGUGGCCUUUCCUCUCCUCCUCUUGCUCCGAGCGGUCCCUGCGGCAGGUGCCAUCCCCUCGAUUCCCCACUCGGGCGCUGCAGUGCGUGGGCCCGGCCUGGGGCUGGCGGCGUUUUGUUUGUUACAGUGUUAGGGGUGGCUGUGCCCCACACGGCGGGGGGUGCAGGACAGGGCACCCCCCCAGAGCCCCCUGUGGCCCAGAGCAGCCAAGGCUCCUCCACUGCCUUCAGCUUGGCCUCUCUGGGGCUGCUCAUGCUUCCUGCUCAGGUGAUUCCCGGGUUUUGGACCAUGGUUCAGGAACCCAGGACUCUCCUGCAAGAGCUUAAAGACACGGGGAGAGGCUCUGCUCUGGGCUGGGACCUUCCAAGGCUGCUGYGUCUCCCCGGUCUCCGCACGCCGGGCCCUGGCUGCAGCCCUGCCC